AUGGGUAAGAUGAAAUCCUCAAGAAUAUUUGGGUUAGGGCAUUGCAUGGUUUAUGUUGUGUUCUUAAGUGCCAUUGCGGCUACAGCUUACCCAUACUCAUCUUCUCCAACACCACAAUACAAUUCUCCGGUCCAUCAACACAAAUCACCAUAUCCACCCAAAAAGUAUUCCCCAUCCUACUCGGCAUCACCACCUCCUCCCCCACAAUACAGAAGACAAGGACCCAAGUACACGCCACAUCCAAAACCAUAUGUUAAUAGCUCUCCACCGCCUCCAUCUUACUAUUCUCCUUCUCCAAAGGUAGAGUACAAGUACCCACCUCCACCAUAUGUUUACAACUCUCCACCACCUCCACCAUACUACUCACCUUCUCCCAAUACCGACUACAAGUCUCCACCACCACCAUAUGUUUACAGCUCUCCACCACCUCCACCAUACUACUCACCUUCUCCUAAGGUCGAUUACAAGUCUCCACCACCACCAUACGUUUACAGCUCUCCACCACCUCCACCAUACUACUCACCUUCUCCCAAAGUCGACUACAAGUCUCCACCACCACCAUAUGUUUACAGCUCUCCACCACCUCCACCAUACUAUUCACCUUCUCCUAAGGUUGAUUACAAGUCCCCACCACCACCAUACGUUUACAGCUCUCCACCACCACCACCAUUCUACUCACCUUCUCCUAAAGUUGACUACAAGUCUCCACCACCACCAUAUGUUUACAGCUCCCCACCACCACCACCAUACGUUUACAGCUCUCCACCACCUCCACCAUACUACUCACCUUCUCCCAAGGUCGACUACAAGUCUCCACCACCACCAUAUGUUUACAGCUCUCCACCACCUCCACCAUACUACUCUCCUUCUCCCAAGGUCGACUACAAGUCUCCACCACCACCAUAUGUUUACAGCUCUCCACCACCUCCACCAUACUAUUCACCUUCUCCCAAGGUCCACUACAAGUCUCCACCACCACCAUACGUUUACAGCUCCCCACCACCUCCACCAUACUACUCUCCUUCUCCAAAGGUAGAGUACAAGUCCCCACCUCCACCAUAUGUUUACAACUCUCCACCACCUCCACCAUACUACUCACCUUCUCCCAAGGUGGACUACAAGUCUCCACCACCACCAUACAUUUACAGCUCCCCACCACCUCCACCAUACUACUCUCCUUCUCCAAAGGUAGAGUACAAGUCCUCACCUCCACCAUAUGUUUACAGCUCCCCACCACCUCCACCAUACUACUCUCCUUCUCCAAAGUUAGAGUACAAGUCCCCACCUCCACCAUAUGUUUACAGCUCCCCACCACCUCCACCAUACUACUCUCCUUCUCCAAAGUUAGAGUACAAGUCCCCACCUCCACCAUAUGUUUACAACUCUCCACCACCUCCACCAUACUACUCACCUUCUCCCAAGGUGGACUACAAGUCUCCACCACCACCAUAUGUUUACAGCUCUCCACCACCUCCACCAUACUACUCUCCUUCUCCCAAGGUCGACUACAAGUCUCCACCACCACCAUACGUUUACAGCUCCCCACCACCUCCACCAUACUACUCUCCUUCUCCAAAGGUAGAGUACAAGUCUCCACCGCCACCAUACGUUUAUAGCUCUCCACCACCUCUACCAUACUACUCUCCUUCUCCUAAGGUCGACUACAAGUCUCCACCACCACCAUACGUUUACAACUCUCCACCACCUCCCCCAUACUACUCACCUUCUCCUAAAAUACACUACAAAUCUCCACCACCACCAUACAUCUACAACUCUCCUCCACCACCAUAUUAUUCUCCUUCUCCAAAAGUAGAGUACAAGUCUCCACCACCACCAUACGUCUACAAAACGCCUUACUAUUGA